UAGGCGAAAUGCGGUAUGAGAUUUUUUUUUACAUCCUGAUUAUCAGAUUUAUUGCUGCUUUCAGAUUUUUAUUUCAGGUUGUUUCAAAUUAUAACAAUCUUCCAUUCUAUUUCUUCUUCUUCAGCCUCAACACCUCCAGCCGAACGGGUCGUGUAAUUCCAACGAUAGCGGUCGGCCAAACGCAUCAGUACAUUCCGGCAUCGAGCUUCUUCAUUAACAAGCGUAUCGGGGAAGCUGUGGAGGUGGCUGCCCCGAUCGGCAAGGUGAUAGGUCCUUCCGGGUACGCCGAGAACCAGUUGACUCCACCGAGUGGCCAGAGCACUUUUACGCCGAUGCGCCAAACUUUUGGUGGAGCUAGCCCUACUGAGUUGCUUUCCUCGCCGAGGGAAGUUUCUGAGACGGAUCUGUACUUGCUGGGCGCCAUCGAGAAGUUGGUCUACCGAGUGGAUUACAUGGAAAAUAGAUUGAGGCGGGCUGAGCAAAUAAUUUACUACCUGAUGGCUGGGAACAAUCAAAAAGUUGAAACGUGUCCCGAUAACUUCACCAGGGUGCACGACAUAUGCUAUCAUUUUGGAGUGGAUCGCGGCCUAAAUUGGAAGUCGGCAAAUGCUUUGUGCAAAUCUUAUGGGGCCCAUCUGGCAGAGUUUGAAUCCUCGUCGGAGUUCCAGGAUGUAGUUGCCUACAUUUUGAACAACCAACAGCACCGAGGUAAAGAGUUUUGGUUGGGCGGUCUUAAUCCCGGAUUGUUGUGGAUUUGGACCCAGUCGGCCAAACCGGUGAAUCCAAACACAAAUCUCACAUCGAUAACGUCUGGCAAUAAAAACACUACUACGACGAAACCGGAAACCAAUAAAGAGGGAACGAAGAUCGUUAAUAAACCGCAGAAACCUGCGGAACCUACCCUGGAAAUAACUGGCACCGGAAGAUGUCUUACGCUAACCUACAACGGAGCUCUCUACACGUACGGGUACAAAGGCCAAGAUUGCUCGGCCAGAUUCAACUACAUCUGCGAGAAGAAGAACAAGGCCCUGGACAACGAGAUAAACCGCAUAGCGAAGCAAUUGAAUCUGAAUUAAAUCAAGCGUUGAUUAUUUAAGUUAUUUAUUUGUAAGAAGAAACAUAAUUUAUUAAAACACCAUUAUACUUUCAA